AUUAUGUGUGUAGGGUGGCUUUUACGUUAGCAUUGCUCAUGUUAACUAGAUAGCCAUAAGAACAUCUGACAGCUUAACUUAGCUAAUAUUAGCUAACUCUGUAUUUUGAGGUUUUGUCGAGAAACAACCCAUAUUAAAGCAAAUUAAGAUGUAGCUGGGGAAACUCAAAAUUACAUUCUAUAGGGCUACAUAGGUGGUCAAUACUGUUCAAUGUGGAUGCUGUCUAAGGACGAUAACUGUUUGCCACAUCCAGCUUAGACUGUCAGUAACACUAGCCUAAGCUAAAUCGUUAGCAAACGGCUCUAUGAAUUUGAACAAUGGAAACAGCAGAUGCCUAGCGUUAGCUGCUAAUGGUAGCUGUUUGUUUUUAGCAAUAGUGAGCUUGAUGAACUGGUCUGGCAGGCAACUGCCUAGCGUCAGUUAAGAAAUUAUUGUACUAUUUAAGACAAGUCUUUUUGAAAUUAAGUUCUUAAUCCGAUACGUUGUUAUUUUUAAAUCAGGGACAUAUUACCAAACAUUAGCAUGCAGCUAGCGAAGUUAAUUCCCAGCAAAUAGCCCAUUGAUUAAUGUCAUCAAUAAAAGUCCAGGCAGAGGCUUUGUGCUGUGGUGCAUGACAUAGACUCGCAGUUUUGGGUUGCUCUAUGAUGUUUAAAAAAAUGUUUUAAUCCAACGUAACGGUUCAUAUGCAAACAUCAGAUUGUGUGUUCUCAAUAUCUUGUUAUUGAUUUGUAGUGAUAACAACAUCCACGCAAGUCAGCUAGCAAAUCAGUUGUAGAUACGCAUGUAACAAUUGAUUAAAAGCUAGAUGGCGUGGCAUAUGCAAUUGUGUAAGUUAUGUUCUUGCACUUGGCUUGGAGGGGCGUUUGAAAGCAUUCGCGCUGCGUUCCUUUCUUGUGACAACAGAUUAUGAAUGCGGAGGAGCGCAGCGAGGAUUUAUGUGUGCGCGUGUGAUGGCAGUAGGCUCGCAGUCAUAUGAGAGUGAUUUCAGCGGCACCGCGAACUGGGAACUUAAAACACGCUCGAGUAGUCCUGAGGUGUGGUGUGUGACCUGGGGAAGAUGAGUCUGUAUGGUGGAGGCGGAGCCUGUGGGGGAGGGACCUAUGAUCGGUCACGUGAUCGUCGUCGCUCUAGUGACCGUUCCCGAGACUCCUCCCACGAGCGUGGAGAGGGACAACUCACCCCCUGCAUCCGAAACAUCACGUCACCCACACGGCAAUACAACGAGCGUGAGGGUGGUUCUCGGCCGGGCAGCCCCCGCCCCCAGCGCGUGUCCCCCACCAUCAGGAGCGUGUGUGUGGACGUCCCGCCCAAGGCUCUGGGGGGGGAGAUGGUGUUUGUGUACGAGAGCCCCAAGGAGGGCGGAGCCACGCGCCAGAGGCCCUCCGAGAGGGUCACACUCAUCGUGGACAACACACGCUUCGUAGUGGACCCCUGUAUAUUCACAGCGCAACCCAACACUAUGCUGGGGAGGAUGUUUGGCUCGGGGCGGGAGCACAACUUCACACGGCCCAAUGAGAAGGGAGAGUUUGAGGUUGCCGAGGGCAUCAGCUCCACAGUCUUCAGAGCCAUCCUGGACUACUACAGGUCUGGUGUGAUCCGCUGUCCUGAUGGCAUCUCCAUCCCUGAGCUGAGAGAGGCGUGUGACUACCUCUGCAUCUCCUUCGACUACAGCACCAUCAAGUGCAGAGACCUCAGUGCCCUGAUGCACGAGCUGUCCAAUGACGGGGCGCGGCGUCAGUUCGAGGCGUACCUGGAUGAGAUGGUGCUGCCCCUCAUGGUGGCCAGCGCCCAGAGCGGGGAGAGGGAGUGUCACAUCGUGGUGCUCACCGACGACGACGUGGUCGACUGGGACGAGGAGUACCCGCCUCAGAUGGGCGAGGAGUACUCCCAGAUUAUUUACAGUACAAAACUCUACCGUUUCUUCAAGUACAUUGAGAACCGAGACGUGGCCAAGUCUGUUCUAAAAGAGCGAGGCCUCAAGAAGAUCCGCCUCGGCAUAGAAGGUUACCCCACGUAUAAGGAGAAGGUGAAGAAGCGUCCCGGAGGUCGUCCGGAGGUCAUCUAUAACUACGUGCAGCGGCCCUUCAUUCGCAUGUCGUGGGAGAAGGAGGAGGGCAAGAGCCGGCACGUGGACUUCCAGUGCGUGAAGAGCAAGUCCAUCACCAACCUGGCGGCGGCGGCCGCAGACAUCCCGCAGGACCAGCUGGUGGCGCUGCACCCCGGCCCACAGGUGGACGAGCUGGACAGCCUGCCCCCGCACCCCGCCCCGCUUGGAGGCGCACAUCACUACGGCAACAGCAACAACUACGAGCCCGAUCCGGACGCCCCCUCGCCGGUCGUCUGAGACCCCUGCCCUGGCAGCUCCGCCCCCCCCCCCCUGCCCAAACCCUCCCAGCAUGCUCGGGGCCGUGGACUUGGGGUCGUGACCUUUGCCCUUGGUUGCCUUCUGCACUUUCCUCUUCCUUAGCUUCUGCUGUGUGGCGCACACACGCACACACACACACACACACACACACACACACCCCCCCCAAGAACGCUGACGGGAAGCCUCACACACCCUGCCGUUACCAUAGCGACCCUGAGCGUCGCUGGCAGGGCUCCUCCCCUCUAUUUAUUUCCUCCUGUCUGUUUGUUUUUUACAUGACCAAAGGAAAUGUAUUUUUUGUUAGUGGCUAGAGCUGAAGGGGCUGACUGAGUCUUGUUUUUCUAACUCUUGUUCUUACUCGGAACCUCACGGGGCGGGUGGGGCGGUACCGCUGGGUUCUUCUAUUCUCAUGUUCUUACUCUGGUUUAGGAGCUCUAGAACCUCACGGGGCGGGUGGGGCGGUACCGCUGGGUUCUUCUAUUCUCAUGUUCUUACUCUGGUUUAGGAGCUCUAGAACCUCACGGGGCGGGUGGGGCGGUACCGCUGGGUUCUUCUAUUCUAUUCUAUGUUUGGUUGGGUUUGUUUUGUUGAUUUGUUUAUUUUUUCACCUGCAAUGACUGCUGCCCCCAGUAGGGGGCGUGCCUGUGUGUGGGUGACGAGUGCUGUGGUCUUGUCGCCGGGGCAACUGGCCCCCUCUGGACAUGAAAACGUGUGUGGCCUGGACCCUGUGCUCGUGGGCAUGAACUCAUUACAGAAAUAAACACAUGAAACACUGCA